CAGUAGAGGCAUCCACCCUCAAUCUCAAGCAAUCUUCAGCCAAGAGACAUGAUUCAAAAGCCUUUUCUUUUCUUCUUCCUUUUUCUGCUCAUCUCAAUAUUAUUCAUUCCAUCAACUACAAGAAAAUUGUAUGACGACUCAAAAGGCAGCGUAACGGGGAGUACCUCAGGGCAUUCUCCUUCGGCGGUUGGAAAUACAGUGCCAGGAACGUCAACCUCUAUACGCCGGCAUUCUCCUUCGGCGGUUGGAAAUACAGUGCCAGGAACGUCAACCUCUAUACGCACUGUAAAACCAUUUUGUGACAGGACUGUCUAUGGAAAGUGCAUUAGUUCCAACGCGACUUCUGUUGUCCGUCGACCCUUUAAUCAGACCCGAGUCACUCGACCAUAACCUGAGGACAAGCUGGGAAAGUGUAAACCUACUAGUCGUUGAAUAAAUUGUUCCAACUUGUUUUGGAGUUUGUUGUUUACUCGAUUUACGUACCAAGUACAUGAAUCAGUCAAUAGCAAUUUCGCUAUAAUUGUAUUAGUCAAUUUGAGUUU